AUGAGCGGAACCGCCACUCGGAUCACUCGUUCUGCUGACAUCAUCGAGAAAAUGUACCGUCUUCCAGAAGAAGAAGAAGAAGAAGAGAAUGCAUCUUUAACCCCCACCAAAUCCCUCCUGCAAGAAGUCUCUCUCCCGCGAGAAAUCCUCGUCGUGGGCAUCAUCGCCCUCGCCCAAUUCACCACACAAUGUGGACUCGGCCAAACGCUCGCCAUCUUACACAUCAUUGGCGAUGACUUUGGCGUAACGAAUCCCGGAACGCUGAGUUGGUUGAUCGCGGGCUAUUCACUCACCGUCGGAACCUUCAUUCUCUUCACCGGUCGAUUGGGAGAUUUAUUCGGGUGGAAGAAAAUGCUCGUCAUCGGAUAUUGUUGGUUUGGAGUCUGGUCUGUGGUUGCAGGUCUCUCCGUCUACUCCAACCAUGUCCUGUUUGUCUUUGCGAGAGUAUUUCAGGGCAUUGGACCUGCGAUUUGUUUGCCCAAUGGGUUGGCUUUGCUCGGGGGAUUGUACGGGCCUGGCAAAAGGAAGAAUAUGGCUUUUGCCAUCUUUGGAUCCUGUGCGCCUGGAGGUUCGAUGGCCGGGGCGGCGUUUGCUGCGCUGUUCGCUCAGUUGGCCUGGUGGCCGUGGACGUUUUGGUCGUUUGGUAUUGCCCUCUUCGUAAUUGCCGCUGCGGCGGCGUGGGCGAUUCCAGAUCCGCAAACCGAUAAGCCGGGACUCAAGGGACAUGCCCUAUGUUCGUGGGGUGCCGUAUGGGAGCUGGAUCUCCUCGGAGCAGGCAUUGGAAUUCUUGCGCUGGUACUUUUCAAUUUUGCCUGGAACCAGGCUCCCAUCGUCGGCUGGGGAAACGCACAAUGUAUUGUGACUCUGAUUGCUGGAAUUUUCCUCGUACCCGUCUUCUUCUGGAUCGAGCAAAAAAUUGCCCGGAAUCCACUUCUUCCCAUGGAGAUAUGUACCACCAGCAACGCCUUCGUCCUCGGAUGUGUUGCACUCGGCUGGGCCAACUUUGGAAUCUGGGUCUUCUACCUCUGGCAAAUCCUCGAAGAACUCCGCGGCAGCUCUCCCCUCCUUGCAUCCGCCUACCUAUCACCUCUCACCAUCUCCGGAGCCGUAGCCGCCGUCGUCACCGGAGCACUUUUACACAAAACUCGCCCCGCAGUCGUCAUGAUCAUUGCGCUCUGCGCUUUCAUGACGGGCUCGAUUUUGAUUGCCACGUUACCAGUACACCAGAUCUAUUGGGCGCAAAUAUUCGUCACGACGCUCGUCACGCCCUUUGGAAUGGAUAUGAGUUUCCCCGCGGCCACGCUGGUGGUGUCGGAUUCGGUGGAAAAGUCGAAGCAAGGGGUUGCUGCUAGCUUGGUGAAUACGAUUGUCAACUACAGCAUCUCCCUCGGCCUCGGCUUCGCAGGAACCGUAGAAGUCCACGUCAAUCGCGGAGGACGCACACCACCAGAUCUCUUACACGGCUAUCGCUGUGCAUUAUAUUUAGCAAUAGGACUCGCUGGACUCGGAAUUCUUUUGGCCAUAUUUUUUUUGCUCAAGACUUUGCGGGAUGAGAGAAGGAGAAUGAGGAGGAGAGAUGGAUGUAUACCUACAGUACCUAGGUAA